AGCAGCUGCGCUUUGCAACAUUUAGAUUUUCAAGCCACAGGAAGCAACGAAAUUCGCAAUGUGGCAACCCAUAUGGACGUACACCCUUUGUUGUAUAGGCUGCAUUUUAAUAAUUGGCCAGCUGGAUAUUAGUGCAGAGGAAGUUGACUGGAUUUCCAUGCUUAGACAUUCAGAUAAGCACUCCCAAACUGAUGAUGUUUCAUGGCUGUUUCAAAUGCUUGUGGAGAAGCCUGGAGACCGAGGGCUCUUGCCAAGGAAGAAACGUGAUGUUCUUUUGUCCAGUGGAGUACGCCUGUGCAGUCAGGAUACAGUGCAGAAAGCCAUCACUAACCACCUACAAUACUUCCAGCUCAGAGUGUGUCAGGAAACCAUGUGGGAAGCCUUUCAAAUCUUCUGGGACCGACUCCCUAAUCAGAAUGAGUACCAGAGCUGGAUGAGCCCAUGCCAGGCCGGGACAGUCACCAUACAGGAGAUUGGCUCUGCCUUCAGCCAAUCAGAGGAACAUUUAGCACUUGUCAUCAAAAGACUUGCUCAGUCUGGACUGAAAAGUCAGACACACAUAUCCUCAGAAUGCAGCCCUGAGGAUUCAUCCCAAGAGCAAGACAGUGGACCACCAGAGAGAAUGUUUCCGCUGUUCUUGGAAGGUUUGUUAACCAACCUGUCUCUGAAACCAUUGAAUGUCUACUAUUGA